AUCACUUUGCUGUGUUGUGUUUCUUGUAUAACAAAAUAGAGAUCAUUUAAAUGUACCGAAUUCGGCCGUUCUUGUUGUAAAAUGAAAAAUGUUAACACUUCUUCUGCUUCUAUUCUUCAAUCAUUUUCAUUUCAUCGCUUCAACAGUCACACAAAAACCGAAAGUUUGCACUAAAAGUGAUUUGUUUUACUCAAUCCAUCACAGUUUCAAUUACAAACACAAAUCCGAAACCAGAGUGUUCCUUUUCUAUGACAUCAAUCCUGGUGAAGGUUUCAAUCUACGUCGUGAUGUCUACAUUCGAUUGGCUGUUUUUAUGAGAAACCUUCGUCAACAAUCCGGAUUCGAGCGGGCUUGCCUGGUACUACCACCGUUUCGACGUCUCUAUCAUUGGAAGUCGCAGGAGAUCGAUCAGUCGCUGGUAUUCUGGAACCAUUUCUUUGAUUUGUCUAGUUUGAAACGCUACGCGCCUGUGCUUGACAUUUGGGAGUAUUUUGACGAGAUAAAAAGACUGAACAAUGACGACCACGUCAAGCUGGAUUAUAGUCUGACCUUGCAACAUUACGAAAAUAUGUUCGAGAAUGGCAGAUUCGUCGACAGAUUCGAGGUCAUCAAGUCGAAGAAAAUUAAAGUCGCAGACAACAUUUUCGGAUAUAAAAACGUAACAGCUAAGGCACAUCACGCGGUGUUGUACCAAGGCAGUGUGAAAAUGCUAUACCAAUUGCUCGAUGAACUAAAACCGAACUUCUAUCAGCCACACUUUUCUGUAUUGCUGAAUCACGCCGAAAUCGUUCUGCACGACGUCUGGGGUAAUCGGGAAUUUUGGAGAGCACGUCGAUCGAUGCGAUUCAGCAAAAUUCUAACGUCGAUUGCUGAUGAAUUCCGGCUCAGCAAUUUGAAUUCGACCGACGAAAGCGAUCGUGUGCUACGUCCAGCGAAUUGGCAAGACGAGAAAUCACAUCGAUUGGCGAUCGGAGGAGAUUAUGUUUGUGCGCACAUAAGACGAGCCGAUUUCGUGCUGGGACGUGAAAACACUACGCCAUCACUUCGUUCAGUUGGGAAUCAAAUAAAAGUUCGACUCAAGCAGCUUGGUUUGAGUAAAGUUUUCAUAUCUAGCGACUGUUCAGGAUCAGAAUUCAAAACACUGAAGUCGUACUUAAUGCGUCACAAAGUCUACCGCUAUCAACCGGAAUCUGCUGAGCAAAAGAACCGAAUCAAAGACGGUGGAAUGGCAGUUGUUGAUCAGAUCAUAUGUUCGCACGCUCGAUACUUCAUUGGCACAUACGAGAGCACAUUUACCUAUCGCAUUUAUGAAGAGCGUGAGAUCAUGGGCUUUCCGAAAAAUUCCACUUUCAAUACAUUCUGCAAAAACGACGAUCUCAGUGACGGGGAUUGUGAGAAAAAUUCAGUUUGGCUGAUUGUUCAUUAAAAGCUGAAAAAAAUCUUUACCAAAA